AGCGGGCAUCACGUUUCACAUCUGGAGCUCACAGAUGUUUCACUUUUCUUUCUUUUUUUUUUGAGCUCUAGUUCGGUUUCCGCGCUGUCAUUAUUUCCGUUUCCACCUCCCAGCCUCACGCCUCCAACACAGGCACAGUUUUUUUUUUUUUUCUCUUAGCCUCGAACCCCGUCGUUGUAGUUUAACUUGAAGCCUUCAGCAGUUUGGGGAGUGUUAAAUCUUCCAACAAUGGGGGACAUCGAGGCGCCCGACUCGAGCCAGCAGCCGCGCCAGUCUGUCCUGAUGUCGGUUCUUCCAAGCAAAGAGUUUGCUACUUCAAGGAAGGGAAUGCUGUUGAUUGCUGAAGGGGCGCUGUCCUUCAUAUCCUUUGUGUGUUUUGCUGCAUCAGCAGCAGCAGCCUUUGUGACAGUCCCCCUGCUGGCGUUCCUGGCUUCCAUCUUCUUCUUGUUUGCCUACUCUACCAAAUUCAAUGAGAGGUUUAAGGGCUUCUGCUUUCCUCUGAUGGACUUCAUUAGGUGCGUGACAUCCUCCAUUAUCUUUUUCAUCAUCUCCAUAAUGGCGGUGUCCAAAUACCCAGAUGGUUCCUCUAAAGCUGCAGGGAUCUUUGGGUUUAUCGCCACUAUUGUUUUCGCUUUAGACUUUUAUGUCAUUUUCAAUGAGCUUGCUGGAUUUCUAAAGCAAGGAGGGGAGUCCAAUGAGGAGCCUGCAGGACAGAGAGAUGACUUUUCAGAUUCAGACUCAGAUUGAAGCUCGUAAGCAGACGUGUUCAAAGCAAGGAAGUGACCACUGCGCUGAGAAGCCACUAUGAAGACCUGCAGGAAUUUCAUAAUUUCACAAAGUUUCAUUGGUACAUGAAAAGCAUAAAUCCUGACAGGAUUGUAGGAGCGGGUUAACAUGCUUUUAUCUGAAGUUGAGGGUCUGGAAACCAUUUCUUUGUAACACAUUUCUCACAGUGCUGUAAACUGGUGUUGCGUUUCUACACUUGCUAACUCUGUAUUUGGUUUAGAAAAGGAUGCAAGUAGUGACCUGUUCUGUUUUAUUCCCAAACCUGUACUUUGCUACUAAUCCACGUUUGCUUUAGGGGAAGCAUUUGAUUCAUUCACACCAUCCAAUGCCUGAUACAGCUGUAAAAUGGUGCUGUGCUGAGUUUCUGAAACUAUUUCUACGGUUAAAGAAGGAUACAUCACAAACAUUGAUUUUUGGGAAAUUCUUUUUGCUUUGAGAUGCAGAGGUGUGCAAAAGUCCUGAGCCAGUCCUGAUUUUUUUUUUGUUAUAUUUCGCUUUGUGCGGUGGAGACUUUGCAGCAAUUUGGUAAACCUGGUUAAUACAUUUGCAUUAAAAUCUAAAAGAGAAAGACGGGGGGGAAAAAAUCACAGUUACAGGGUUAACAAUAAAACCCGUUAUGUUUGGUUGGCUGGUUACAACUAUCACAUUGUGUAUGUACAGUAGGUUUUUUUUAUUAUUUGAGGUCAAUAUGGGCCUGUCUUAUCAAUAUUUGUUUGCAUGUUCCUAAUUAGUUAUUUUUUUGAUGUAAUCAGAAGAAAAGAAACUCCUAGGAAAGAUGUGUCGCUCCUAUAAAAAUAUUCACCCACUCAGACAUUUCACCCUUUGAAUUGCUUUUGCAAAUCAAACAUGAUCAACAAAAUUUAGAUUUUCGAAGGAAAUGUGUACAAAAAAAAACAAUUUAAUGUCAAAUUGAAAACUAACCCUUGCAAAUAAAUAAAUAAAUAUAUAUAUUUAGGAUAAAACAAGUUGUUGCAUAACUGACUGACCCAAUUCAACAGAUGGGAGACACUCUGCCUGCAACAAUUGUUGCCCGGGUUCUUCGUCAGUCAGUUUUAAGGGACAGUGGCAUUGAGAAAGCAGUUUUUGAAGAAAACGUGUAUCAAGGCUCAACCGAGUUUGCAAAAAAGGCAAACAGGAGACUCCGUGCUCAAGUGGAAGAAUGUUCUUUGGUCUUUUUAGUCAUCAGAUAAGAUUGAAGACGUUGAAUAAUCAGGAAAUCAUUUCAUACUGAACGUUUUUUUAGUUUAAUUAUCAUUAUUUUGCAUAACUACAUUUUCAAUUUGACAUUAACGGCUUUUAUUGUUAAAAAUGUUGCCAAGAAGCAGCAUUUUGUUGAUCAUGAGUGAUUUGUGAAAGCAUUAAAAAUGGUGAAGCAUCCAAGGGGGUGAAUACUUUUCAUGGACACUGUAUGUACAAUAUAUGUACAGAGACACAGCAGAUCAGCUGAUCCAGUUUCACCUGAUCUGCCACUUCUGCCUUUUAGACCCUGAAAGGCAGAAGUUGCAGGUAAGCUGAUUGAGUUUCGUAGACAUGUUUUGUUUCUCGUACACACUUUGUUAAAAUGUCUGUCUGUCUGAUUCUAAAGUCUGUAGAGCCGCCAUUGAGAAAACAGUGAGAUACACUAGAGUGCCUUAGUGACUGUUUUGUGUGAUAUAAACUGCACUACAACAUUGUCCCAGCUCUGAUGAUGGAAAAUAUGUUGUUGUUUUUGUUUGUUUUUUCUACUGCAUGAUUUAUGCUUGAAAGAUAUUGGAAGAUUUGCUUUUAACAUAUCUAUAAUCUUGUCAGUUUUUUUUUUUAACAUGACAAGAUUAUAGAUAUUAAAAGCUUUUAAUGAGUUUCAAAUGAUUUCUGUACUCUAAGAUGUGAGAAAAUGACUUUUUUCAGUAUUAGCAUAGUUUUUAUUGCUUUCACAAACUGUUGAAUAUCAAAUAUUUUGUCUGUAAUGUUUUUGUUUUUAGGCAAACUCUUCUGAAUAAAAGGUUCUUUUUCAAUAUUUGCCGCUUUAUUUAAGGGGAUGCUUCCAACAUUUUCAAUACAAAUAUACAACCUGUACAUGAAUGGGCCCGGCAUGCGCCUUUACCAGAACCACACCAAAUGAAAAAAAAAAAAGAAGUGCAAAAGAAUCCAGAAACAAUCAGAAAUCUUUUUUUGUUUUAUCCUGCAGAUUCUUAAUAGCAUAAUCUAGCAAAAUGCUGUACACUGAAAGAGAGGGUGAGCUGUAAUCAGGCUGUUUUUAAUAUACAAAUAGAUGGCCAGCUUCAUAACUAAAAAGCAUAACGCACUAGUUUAACUUUGUCGCUGUAAAUGAGCUUAUAGCGUUACUCGAAUGUAAAUUUACUAAUGAAGAUUACAAACAUAAAUAGUAACAUGAUUGUCUUUGAUGCAAGUACUUCAGUCACAAAACUAAGCCAAUAGUAAAUAAUUAUGUUAAUUAAACCGUUAAAAAAAAGUCAUUAAACAUUCAUAAUGCCAUUUCUGCUUUAAGCUAAUUUCGAACAGUUGCACACCAUCCUUGUCCGUCCUUCGAGAUCCUGGACAAAUCAUCAGGAUGUCAGAUUUCCAUCCCUCACGCCGCCCGUAUUUAGUUGUCUCGGUGUCGUAAAAAGGAGACGCAGUUCAGAUGCAAACCAUUGAGUGGAGCCAUUGAGUCAUUUUGGAAACUAAACCUUACAGAAGUUUAGUCCAAUUGUGUGCAGAUUCAAUAAUUAUA